AUGGCCCCACGACUACCGCGACCCCCUCACCUCGAGCUGGGCAGAGGAGACAGCUCUCUGAGAACGAAGUCACAGAGACUAUACCUGAAAAGGGCAAAGGCAGAUGAUGCGUCAAGUAAAGAAAAGGAUGCAGAGAAAAGAAAGCGAAGGAGGUUGGUGAAGGUAAGCAGCAAGAAGGACGUGACUUCAAAACUUCAGGAGACCAAAAGGUUGAAACAAGAAGCAGUGCCGAAGGUUGCCGUGAAGAAAGAGAAAGAGGAAAAGCUGAAGAAACAGUAUCCUUAGCGUGAUGAAAGUGUACACUUCUGCACCAAUGUAUGUAUAACUCAACGGGGGUAUUCAAAAAAACCUCACACUGUUUGCCAAACUGUGAUCUACUGCAAAACAAAACUCGUUUGUUGUCUUAACAUAAAUCAGUGUUGGCCGUCCUGUAAAGAAAGAAAAAACUUAAUGUCUUACUUCCACCCUGCACAUGAUUCAUUACUUCUUCUAGUUUUACAAAACAUGGUGAUAAUUCCAGCUAUUAUUAUAUUAUCUCUAUUCAUUUGUAUACUGUUUGUACAUGUGCCUCACCUUGCUGUGUGAAUAAUUCACUGUGUAAACGUGUUAUUGCUAUUCUUUUACUCUCCAA